ACUGAUUGGGAAGGUGGUUAUUAUCCACUUACAAUUCACUUCAGUGAAGAUUAUCCGAGUAAACCACCAAAGUGUAAAUUCCCACCAGGUUUUUUCCAUCCGAAUGUCUAUCCGUCUGGAACGGUUUGCUUGUCGAUCCUCAAUGAAGACAGUGGGUGGAGACCAGCCAUUACCGUGAAACAGAUACUGAUUGGUAUUCAGGACUUGUUAGAUCAGCCAAACCCUGCUGAUCCUGCCCAAACUGAAGGCUAUCAUCUAUUUAUUCAGGAUGCUCUGGAGUACCGAAAGAGGGUGCGAUUGCAGUCGAAGCAGUAUCCUCCUAUUGUUUAAAGAAUGUUUUGUCUAAUCUUGUGCUGGCUCCUAGUGUACGUCAAAGUUUGCUGUCAUCCCCUGGCAAUAGCGGACAACAAAUCUGCCAGCUACGGAUGCUGAUUGGUAUUUGUUUAAGUGGAGAAGUAAAUAUUUAUAACUACAGGAUUUUAUAUCUGAUGUUAUUGCCUUUGAUAGUUCUCAAAGAGUAUAUGUGUAUAACAAGCACAGCUGCAAAUUGUUACUAUUUAAAUGGUGAGAAUCUGUUGAAAGUUGUUUUCUUUUGCGAAAGCAAAGAUUUUGUCGCAAAUUUACGGAAAAUCUUGCUCCAGGGAAUAUGGGGUUGUGUCCUGUUGUUUUGGAUCCAAAAUCAGCUCUGCUCUUUCUGUUU